CUAAAUGAAUUUUAGUUUUGAGUGGGCUCUCGUACGGCAACGAUUCGGGAAAAAAGUGUAGCGUUCGUUCUUCUUCAUUUAUUCUGUUCUCAGGCAGAGGCACCAGGGUACCAGGCACAACAUUUCGUCAUAGUCAUAGAAAAGGAAAAAAUACUUAGUUAUCUUAUAAUUUAUCAUACGGAAAUUGAAAACAAGUGAUACCUAUCUUCAAACAACUGUUUUUGUCUUUGUCUCAUCUGAUAAAGUGAUUUAUUUAUUUAACAAUAAACUUUAUUGCAACCGAUUAUAUUAGACCCGCAAUUGAAAAAUAAUCUUUUCGUUUUUAUCUUGUGUGUUCAUAAAAGUUCAAGACAUUAUUGUCCGUUCCGAAAAUAAGAAUUAAAAUAGAGCUCAAUUCCUGACGCAAUGAAUUCGCCCAACGAACAAUCCAUCGAAGUCCAGCUAAAUAAUCUGGACUCGGAAUUAAAUCCACAAAUGAAAGAAAAAAACCGCCCACCUAGUGUUUAUAAGUCUAAAGUGUUUAUUGUCACUUUAGCAUUCUCAGCGACCCUCCUGACACUAUUAUGUAUUGCAUUUAUGAUGAACUAUGAAAAAGACUCUGACGUGGCGUCUAAAGUCAGCUUUUGGAAUGUCGAUCUACCGCCAGAACAAAAAAUCUGGUAUGAUAAAGGCAUUGACGAGCUGAAGGAAGCUCUCCAUCAUCAGAUAAAUAUGAGAAGAGCUAAAAACGUGAUAUUAUUCAUUGGCGAUGGAAUGGGACCAAACACAGUCACUGCGUCAAGAAUCUACGGUUUCAAGGAGGAGGGUCUACUGAGUUGGGAAAAAUUUCCACAUAUGGGACUUUUAAAGACAUAUUGUGCCAACAAACAAGUCCCAGAUUCAUUUUCCACAGCUACAGCACUCUUUGGAGGCGUUAAAGUCAAUUACGAAACAGGUGGAGUCGACUCUACAGUAAACUUGGCCAAUUGCACUGCAGCUAUGAAUGCUACGCAUCACGUCGAGACAAUUCUUAAGUGGGCACAAGACGACGGAAUGAAUACGGGAUUUGUUACCACCACUAGGGUUACUCAUGCAACUCCAGCAGCCUUGUAUGCACAUGUCCCCGAUCGUCGUUGGGAGUGUGAGGCGAAAGUUCCAGAAGAUGCGAGACACGCUGGUUGUAAAGACAUUGGGAAAAUUUUAAUUGAAGAGAAUCCAGGAAAGAGUAUCAAUGUAAUCAUGGGUGGUGGACGUCAAUGCCUAGUUUCGCAUGCUAAUUCAUCCGAUGCUGACCCACUUGACACCUGGGCUUGCAAUUCCAAGGACGGUAGAAAUCUAAUUCACGAUUGGGAAGUUCAGAAGAACAACGCUGGAGAAUCCUCUGCUGUUGUGCAGAAUAACGAGGAGUUGGCGAAUCUUAAUGGAGCGGAUGUAGACUACGUUUUGGGAAUUUUCGCAAACGGUCAUUUGAAGUAUGACCAUGAACGUGAUAGUGGCCCAAAAGGAAUGCCUUCUCUGAAAGAUAUGACUCUAAAAGCACUGGAAGUUCUGAAAACAAAGCCAAAAGGCUUCCUGCUGGUCGUCGAAGGAGGAAACAUCGAUCAAGCACAUCAUAGAGGGGCUGCACGCAAGGCCCUUUCAGAAGUGCUGGCUCUAAAUGAAGCGAUUGAGGCAACGGUUAAAGAUAUGAGUGACCAUCUUGCAGAGACGCUUAUUAUUGUGACAGCCGAUCAUUCCCACACCUUGACGAUUAACGGUUAUCCCGAUAAAGGAAACAAUAUUUUAGGAAUAGCCUCAAAUUCGAAAACCGAAUCAACUCCCUACACAACUUUGACGUAUGGAACAGGUUACAAUGCCUUUCAACCUGAAUUAGACCCACAAACAAAUAAAAUGAAACGACGCGAUCCGAGCAAGGAUGACACAACUUCUUUCGAUUAUGUUCAACAGGCUACUAUCAACACGGACGAGAAUACACAUGGAGGUUCAGAUACUACAAUUUUUGCUAAAGGACCAAUGGCACAUUUAUUCCACAAUGUUCAUGAACAAAGCUACGUAGCGCAUGUUAUAUCCUAUGCUCUACGAAUUGGACGCUUUCGUGAUAGCAGUAUUGUUGAGUCAUUGGCAGAGAUGUUGCCGAUAUAAAGACUGUCGCAACGGAAUCAAUUACUUUUAUCAGAUUUUUGUGAUAUUAAAUAGCUGACGGCCCUUCCGGUCAUGACCCAAAACAUAUAACUUUAAAAUCAACUGUUUUUGUAAAUACUUUUUUUAUGAAUUAAUACAUAAUCUAAACUAAAAAGAAAAUAGUGAAGUAAGAAUAUUUUGAAUUUAAGUACUUAUUGACAUGAAACAGUAUAAGAGUUUUUAAUAGAGCACAAUAUUUACCUUCCUUAAAAAUUUUUCA